UAUGAGAAGAGAGCUGCUUAGCUUUAUCUUCACUCGGUACUUAGGUAGCGCUCCAAGUUCAACCGCGCGCGACUCGGCUCAGUCACUUUUCAAACCCUACGCGCUCCCUGACAGUAACCCGAUAGUGCGAAACUAAAUGACGGCGUCCGAGGAUUAGGAAAGGUAACAUGUUCUUGUUUUGGUGCUCCGAGGUGCUCUAAUCGGUGCAAAAGUGACAAUACUUGUGAGUGCACAGUGCACAUUUACGGUGUGUUGUGGACCGUGUUGAUAUUAGACGCAGUGGCCGAGGUGCAUAACAAUACCAUUUCCACGUUUUUCAAACACUGGUAGACGAAAUGUGGAACCAAAUAUUCCUCUUGUAUGCCGCCCUGGGGGCAGCGUUCAGCGCCACUUUGUUCCACUGCCAAGAGCGUUCCAACUGUCAGCUCCCCGGUAACCACGUAGAAGCCACCACAUUCGAAUUUCUCAGCAAAUUCUCCCAGAAACAGUUUCGUACCAUAGUGAGUCUAUCGAUGUCUAAUGCAUCAGUGAAUAAAGUCGAUCCCAAGUUAAAAUAUCUGAAGAACUUAAAAUACUUGGAUCUGUCUUAUAAUAACGUACAAAUUCUAUCCAUUCCUCCACUGAUCAACUUGAAGACGCUGAAGUUGAACGGGAACAGUCUAAAGUAUAUAAACAUGACAGCGCUUCCGCAAAAUAUAGAAACCCUAGACAUUUCCCACAACCUUCUUGUUCAAAUUCCCAAAGACUGGAGAUCGUUAAGGUCACUUAAGACGUUGCAUUUGUAUAAAAAUCCCGUUGACUGUGAUUGCAACAAUGUUUUAAAUUACGAUCGAUUAGUAAAAAGCGGCAUUGUAGUACCUGAAGCUGUAACGUGCCAUUCUCCAAAGAAGUACAUCGGAAAAGACAUAAGUGCUGUUAAUUGCUCAUUAGACGAUAUAAUGCUGUACGACGAACCCGAUCUAGGUUCGGGCGACCUUUUGGAGGAAGACAUAAACGAAGAUGGAAUGCACGUUCCGUUGGUUCAAGAAAAGGAGGAUGAAGAUUUACAAGAAAACAAUACGUUUAUAGACGACCAACUUCCACAGGAAGAACUGAUACCAGCCGAGGCUACCGAAGAAACAUUGGGAGAAACGCUAGAUGAAGGAAGUGGCGACGAGGGUAGUGGUUUUUAUGUUAACUUCCAUAAAGACACACUAGGGUGUAUUGAAGAUUGUAGCACUCCUGGACCAAUCGGUACUAACGAUGAGGAACACGCUUCGCCUUUACCGAGUCCCAUAGACCAAGCCAAGAUACUGUUCGACGAUAUUAAUAUUUUCAAAGAACCUACUACAACUGGAAGCACCACAACCCCAACUACAACAACACCAACUCCCGUAAUCGAACCAAGAAUUGUCAAGACAGCUGCUCCAACUGUUAAAGCAUCUCCGAAGAACGAUGAUGUUGAGGUUAUAGCACACGCUACCAAAACAGGAGAAUUGGAAAGAGCUUCAGUAGCGCCUGAAAAUUCUACCGCCGUAUACGCUAUCAUCGGAGUCGGGCUCUUCUUAGCCGUUGUGUUUAUGAUAUGCUUCAUCAAAAAGCGACGAGCGAAGAAUAGACGUGAAUUGCCUAACUCUAUAGGACAAGAAAUGAUUCCAUUAAGUAAACCAAUUAAUGAAAAACCACUGCUGAACUCGUCAAACGCGCCUGAACAUGUCCCAUUGAUUAAUGGACAAAAUGGCAAACCGAAAGACGAUACUCCAAUUCUCAAGACAUUCACUCCACUGACUCACCCUGAAACGGUGCAGGAAGAAGAAGAGGAACCGGAGCAAGAGAACAACCAACGAGAGUUGCCGAAUGAUGUGGAGUUGCGUCAAAAGUUCACAUCGGAAUUGCUAACGCCUCCAAGAGAAAGGGUCACCAUAAAGGAAACGGAAAUUCCAGAUUCAAUUCCGAAAACGCCUUUACUAGUUCACCGUCAAAGAAAUAGUGAUGGUGAAAUAGUCACCACGCUGGUUCCUUAAUGAGACUAGUGAUGUGAAUACCUCAGUAUUUAUUAUCUAUCGAUACUUUGUGAUAAAAAUUAACUUAUUGCGGUCGUUCCUAUAAUAAGUUAGACUAGAUAAGAGUCAGUUUCUUAUGAAAAGAAAAGUGUAAUUUUUUGACUGUUACAGACUAUAUUAUGUAUGUAUACUUAUUUUAUGUGUUUAUUUAUAAUUGUUGCCAAAGUAAUGUUAUUAAAUAUUUAAUAAACUGAUUUAAUGUUGUUGAUAUUGCAAAAUGAACUAGACACAAUUUAUUUCUGUAAUGGCAUAAGUUUAUUUGAAAUGCAAGUGAAUCAACUAAAGAUAAAUGGCCUUGGGUUUUAGUUGAGUCACUUGGUAUAACGGGAUCAAUUUUUGUUACCCAAGAUCUCUGGAGGUUCGCUAUAUUAGUGUAUUAUAUUUUUGUAUCGCUUUCGCUGUGUUCAGUUAAAUUUUAAAGUGCCGUUAGCCCAUUAGACUAAAAUAAAAUUGGUUCAGCAGUAAAAAGUUAAAAAGUUACACAAAAACGGCUGUGAAAACUUGUUCAGGCUUGGUAAAGGAGAUUGGUCAUCUCGCAUUGAUUGAUUCGUGUUCCAGAACCAUUGCUGAUUACGAUUUUGCAAUACUCAAUUAUUUUUUACAUUUUUCAGUUGGAUGUAUAUUUCACCCUGGUAGACGAAUACUAUUUGCAACGGUCGAAAUGUUUGUAUGUUAAAAUUUAAUUAAGCAAUUUGUGUGAACAGGGUAGAAAUUUUUUUUUAUUAAAUGUUAUAAAUAAUCAGUUAUUUAUCAGUUUUGUUUUCUAUUUGUAAAUUUUUAGAUGAAUAAAAAGUUAAAGAUA